UCUGCACGGAGCUGUGGGUGCGGCCUGGCUCUUAACUUUUAUUUAUGUCAGUGUUUAUGAUCCAAAAGAGAUGGCUCAGAAAGCUCUUGACCUCUCUGCCUUUUCCUGCUCCAUGUGUUUGGAUCUACUGAAGGAUCCUGUGACUCUUCCCUGUGGACACAGCUACUGCAGGGCCUGUGUCCAACAGCACUGGGACCAAGAGGACAAGAAGCAGCUCUACAGCUGUCCUGAAUGUCGCCUCAGCUUCAGCCCCAGGCCUGUCCUGGGUAAAAACAUCAUGUUAGCAGGUUUAGUGGAGCAGCUGAAGACAGCGCCCCCUGCUGCUCGCUGCUAUGCCGGACCUCAGGAUGUGUCCUGUGAUGUGUGCACUGGGAAAAAGCUGAGAGCUGUCCAGUCCUGUCUGCAGUGUGUGGCCUCUUUCUGUGAGCGCCACCUACAGCCUCAUUAUGAAACUACAGUCUUUAACUUGCACCAGCUAGUGGCGCCGUUCCACAAGCUCCAGGAGAAGCUGUGCUCUGAACACCACAGACUGAUGGAACUAUUCUGCCGCAGUGACCAGCGUCUGCUCUGCUCCCUGUGUGUGGAUCAGCACAAUGGUCAUGACCUGGUGACCUCUGCUUCAGAGAGGGCUCAGAUACAGGCAGAGCUGCCAGCCAGGAGGGCCCUGCUGCUCCAGAGCCUCCAGCACAAAGAGACAGACCUCCAGAGGCUCCAACAGGAGGCACAGGACAUCAGCCACUCUGCUCAGACAGCAGUGCAGCACAGCGGGGACAGUUUCAGAGACAUGGCCCUUCUCCUGGAGAGAACACAAGCUGAAGUGGAGCAGCAGAUCCGCUCCCAAGAGCAGACCCAACUGAGACGAGUCCAAGAGCUCCAGGACCAACUGCAGGAGGACGUGAGGGGGCUAAAGAGGAGCCUCUCUGAGCUGGACACACUGGCCCUCACCCAGGAUCAUAACCAGUUUAUACAGGUCUACACCUCACUGUCCCCACACACACAGAGCACAGAGCCAGUCUCCAUUCACACAGGAGACCAGGAGGUCUUUAAAGAAGUGACCAGAGCUGUGUCCAAACUCAAGGACUCACUCCAGCUCAUUCUAAGUCCAGACCAGAAACCAGGCCAGAGACCGGACCAGAGACCUGUUCAGGUUUUACUUUCAUCUGCUGAACCCAGCUCCAGAGAGGAGUUCUUACAAUAUUCUACAGAAUUCACUCUGGACCCAAACACAGCUCACACGUGUCUGUCUCUGUCUGAUGGAAACAGAAAAGUCACAUUAGUAAAUGAACACCAGGGUUUUCCAGAUCAUCCAGACAGAUUCAGUGACUGGGAGCAGGUCCUGAGCAGAAAGGGUGUGAUGGGCCGCUGUUACUGGGAGGUGGAGUGGAGUGGGGAGUGGGCUCAUAUUGCUCUGUCAUACAGAGAAAUACAGAGGAAAGGCUCUAAUGAAUGUUUGUUUGGAAGAAAUGAUAAGUCUUGGGCCUUAGACUGUUACAAAACCAGAUAUUCCUUUUGGUUUAACUCAGUCCAGUGCCAGGUCUCAGGUCCAGUCUGGCCCAGAAUCGGGGUUUACCUGGACCACAGUGCAGGGGUUUUGUCCUUUUACAGCGUCUCUGAAAGAACCAUGAGCCUCCUGCACAGAGUCCAGACCAGGUUCACUCAGCCUCUCCACACUGGCCUUUGGUUUUACUCUUGUAAUCCUGGAGACACUGCACAUUUCCCUAAACUCAAAUAGCAGCUUGAAUUCAAAACAAAAUAUCCAAGAAUCUGUUAUUGAUUUUGAUUUUUAUUUUUUACUGUAAUCAAGUAAAAAACUGCAUAUAUCUACAUAUGUAUAAUGUUGGUUAUUUUAGAGUUUUCGCAAUUUAAAAAAAAAUUAAACAAAGUCGUUUGAGCUACAAAUAUGUAUUUUGUCAAAGAUUAGCAUAUAUAUGUGUGAUAAAAGAUAAAGAGAGAGGAGAAGGGAAAAGAGAAUUCAAACGAUGACAAAACACAACUUAUAUAUGACAUAUUGUAUCUUACACAAUAUUAAUUUAUAAAGUAGAACAUCAGCCAACAUCACACACUAUCACUCUACUGUUCACUAAUACUGUUCUAGAAAUAUUCAAGAAACUUCUUUUUUUUUUUUGGUUUAUUUGAAAGAAGACUUUUUAUUAUUUUAUUAUUUAAUUACAUUUAUAACCUUGCUUAUUAAAACAUAUAAUUUCUUUUCCACAAUACUGAUUUAGAAUCACAACUUUUCACUAUUAAUGUUCACUAUUACUGAAACUAGACUAGAUAAUAUAUUUAGAA